AGUACAACUUCAAGGUUCUGAAGCAUUGUCGGGGAGAGGGAGAGAGAGAAAUGCAGAAGUGCGAGAAGGAAUGCCUGUUUUUCUGCUUCCUCUUUGCGUUCAGCAUAGAUCCUCCAACAUUUCACGCCCUGUCUCAAAUGCUUAUAGUGAGAAACGCGCCCAAGGAUGAUUAGUUUCGGGAACGAAUGCCAGGAAAAUCAACUCUGAUAUGUGUUUCACGCCGUGACUCAAUGCCUGAUAAUGAGAAAUGCACAAUGAAAAUAGUUUCGGGAACGAGAGCCACGAAAAUCGACUCUGAGUCUCUUCUCCGGUUCCUUACUUGCGUUCAGCAUUAGAGACAGGUCCUCCGCCGUGGCUCCUAUUUGUUACCUGACUAGAAAGCUUCGACUAGGACUUCGUAGACGAAGGACGGCACUCUCUAUGUUCGCAAACUGCUUGCUACAGUAGAGAGGUUAGCCAUUUAUUCUCAAAGGCGUCCCAUCGAUCCCCACUCAUUAGGUUCGUGAUUAUCUCCCCCCCCCCCUUUUGACAGAACUUCACAGAUCCGCAGCACUGCCAGCCAGGCCUUCACAGCAUGGAGGGUCGGCAUUGAAACCAGGCACGCCAAGAGCGGGACGUGCAAAGCUCACACUGCAGCCGUCACAUGAGAGACCCAGCAAACGCAUCUCCUAAUUCCCGCCUCGUUUCUUGAUCCCUAGCUCGGCACUAUACCUUGUGUACCUCUAUCUCCCUGCCUUUCUGACUGCUGAAUCUUUUCAAGGACUUGAUGUCGUUUCAUCUCUUCUCUUCCAUAAUUGCUCCUUUCCUUUCUUCAUGUUCCAUCGUCAGCGUCCCUUGUUUUACGUUAUUCUCCCUUUCACUUGUUCGUUCUCCGUUUUAUUGUUUCAUCUUCCGCGUGAUGUUUGCGUUUGGCCUGGAUGGAACAGGUGGUGGGGUUGAUUCGACCGUCGCUGUCACCAUUCUCUGCACCUGUCAGGUUUCGUAUGUUCAUGUUUUCUGAAUUCUCGUCAGAUCUGAUGGUAUCCUUACUGCUUUAGCUUAGUGAUCUGAUAUCUCAUUUUCUUUCAACCGUUCCGCCUCAUCGUCGCAAUUGCCAUUCAUUUUGUCCACGUUUUCGCCAUUGAAAUCUCCUUCGAUUCCGCAUUCUGUUGCCCUUUCCCUAAUAGCCUUCGGUUUCGCCUACGAUUUCGCCAACGAUUUCGCAUUCGGUUUCGCCUUCGAGUUCGCCUUCGGGUUCGCCUUCGAGUUCGCCUUCGGUUUCGCCCUGCUCAUGCCCUGCGGAUGCGCUGAGGAAUGGUAUGCGCCCUGCUCAUGCCCGCCGCCCUUCCUCCAUGUUGUUACUUUCUGUGGGGAACUCCCUCCUGGCCCAUUUCCUUGCUGGGGUACGCUGCCUUUUGGUCCCAAGUUCUUUCUAUCCUGAAUGUCUUGUUCUCCCUGUUUCUAUUUUUACAGAAUAGCGUUGACCAAGGGUGUUCAUUUUGACACCCCUCUGUUGCUUGCAAUGCCCACCCGUGGCAGCAUGACUGACGGUUCUGGGCAGCAGCGACUUUUUAUUCUUAUUGGGACCGAUUUUGUCUUUGGAAUGGUGCUUGUGUUUUCUGCUUGAUAUGCUCGACGAUUGCAUGGUGCUUUUUGCACCGGUAAUGUUGAAUUGUAAUUGUAUCUGCGGAUCAUAAAUGCAUAAUGUAUUUUAUUAACGAUAAUGCAGCCAUCAAGACCCCCCACACUGUCACCAAGACACCUGCGGUACAAAGGAGGAUUCCAUCAGCACUAUCACAUGACUCGAACAUCAAGGUGAUUGUGAGGGUCCGCCCUCCAGCGGGCCCCGAGCUGACAGGGUACCCUGGAGAGCGGUGUGUGGCAGUGGACGGCCCAAAGUUGCUCUUCCUCAUGAACCCGGACAAGGGAGGCGCGGCCCAGCAGUUCACCUUCGACCACGUGGCGGGGGAGAACGCAACGCAGGAGGAUCUGUUCGAGCCGGCGGGGAGGCCCAUAGUGGAGAACUGCCUGGCUGGUUACAGCAGCACCAUGUUCACCUACGGCCAGGUUCGUCCUACGGCCAGACUGGAAGUGGAAAGACCUAUACCAUGCUUGCUUGGGUCUGACGUGGACAAGGCUGACCUGAGAAAAUCUCGAGUGGAAAAUGCUGACGUGGAGGUUGACUCGAGGUGGGGGAUGAUCCCGCGUAUCUUCCAGCUGGCCUUUGCACUGAUGAAACAGGAAGCGCAGCAGAGGACGACUGACCGUCUCACAUUCGCUUGCACGUGCUCGUUCCUCGAGAUCUACAACGAGCACUUCUACGACCUGCUGAACCCCAAGUGCACCAGCCUGGAGGUCCAUGAGGGCCCCAGCGGCAAUGUGUUUGUGAAGAGCCUCUCCAAGCACCCAUUUUCCUGCUUUGCUGCUGUCAUGGCGCUCGUCCAGCGGGGCGCCAAGAACCGGCGGGUGGCAGGGACGAACAUGAACAGGGAGAGCAGCCGGUCGCACAGCUUCUUCACAUGCAACAUUGAGAGCACCAGGGCAUCAGCAAUCGCCGGGCUGCUCAGCUCAACCUCGUUGACCUCGCAGGCUCUGAAAGCAUCAGGGGCGACCGGAGAGAGGCUCAAGGAAGCGACCUCCAUCAACACGUCGCUCUCCCAGCUUGGCAAAGUCAUCAUGGCGCUGUUGGAGUCACUCAAGGAUGAGAAGCGCCAUGUGCCGUACCGAAACUCCAAGCUCACCUUCCUGCUUAAGGACUCCCUCGGUGGCAACUCCAAGACCACCAUGGUCUGCCCGUUAGAAGUCUAUUUUUGAGGCGCCUCAAAAAUAGACUCCUCACGCAUCAGCCCGUUAGAAGGGUCGUACCGCGAGUCCCUGGGCACGCUCAAGUUCGCCCAGCGCGCCAAGCUGGUGCACAAUAAGGCGGUGGUGAACGAGGCCACGGAGGGCGAGAAGGACGCGCUCAAGAAGGAGAUCGCCCGCCUAAUGGUACACUGCUGGGUCCCCUCCUUCCGUUCACCUUGUGAGGCAUGCCCGUCUCCCGUCUCCUGGAACCCCUGCUGCUGCUGCUGCUGCUGCUGCUGCGAGCAUUGCUGCCACCACGCCACUGGCCCUGGCCGUGCAAGAGAGGACGAGCACGCCCCGGCAUAGGACGCUUCUGGCUGAUAUCAACCGGUGGGAGGUGACCCUGGCUGGGGCUUUAAGGCGGGAGAGGGAGCUGGAGGGCCAGGUGGAGGCUGUCAGGGCGGAGAAUGAGGCGCUCGGGAAGCAGGUCGUUGCACCUGCUGGUGACUGUUGUCUUUGUGCUGGAGGGAAGGAUGAUGGAGAAUGGAGGUGGAG